GAGAUGACGGACAUUCUGCAGAUUCUCAAUGACCUGCUGCUUCGCUCUCUCACUCAAUACGCUGAAAGGCUUCGUCUCUUUGCAAACUCCUCUCUUUCAGGUUUGGAGCCAUGGCAAAUUCUCGCCUACGGCGUCGGCCUAACUCUCCUUUUCGCUGGCGUUUACGAUUUGCUUUUUAAUUGGCCGGUACCGUUGACGACGAGGGUCAGAGCCGCGUUUUUCACUUUCGUUCGACGUCUUCCGAUUAUUGGAGCUCUCAUUCAGGCGCAACUCGAGAAAACGGUGAUGACAGUGAAGCGCACGAUUGUGUCACGUGACAAAAGUCAAGUCUACCGGACGGAAUUACCGAAAGGCGGAAUGUCGCGCGACGAAUUGAUGCGCGAAAUCGAGACGAUGGAGAAACUGUUGCAGCCGGUUCACAAUAAUUGGAAGGCCGGGCGCGUGUCUGGCGCCGUUUACCACGGCGGCAACGAGUUGACUGAAAUGUUGACUGAAAUCUAUGGCCGCUGCGCAUGGGCGAAUCCCUUACACCCGGAUGUGUUCCCACACGUGAGAAAGAUGGAGGCGGAAGUCGUCCAGAUGUGUGUCAAAUUGUUCAACGGUGGAGAAGAUGGGUGUGGCUCGAUGACUUCAGGUGGGACGGAGAGCAUUUUGAUGGCAUGUUUGAGUUACAGGCAGGAGGGAUACGCACGGGGCGUUCGAUAUCCGGAGAUAGUUGCCCCGGUUUCGUGUCACGCUGCAUUCGAAAAGGCGGCGCAUUAUUUCCAGAUGAAGCUCGUUCACAUUCCGGUCGAUUCAGAGACGAGAAAGUGUGACGUACGAGCCAUGGCUCGUGCCAUCAACAAGAACACGGUCGUUGUAGUCGCAUCGGCUCCUCAUUUCCCACAUGGUAUUAUCGACCCGGUGGAAGAAAUCGCCAAACUUGCGAUGAAACACAACGUCGGUUGUCACGUCGAUUGUUGUCUCGGCGGUUUUCUUCUUCCUUUCAUGGAGGAUGCCGGUUUUCCAGUUGCUCCGUUUGAUUUCCGCGUUCCCGGUGUUACCAGCAUAUCGUGCGAUACACACAAAUAUGGAUUUGCUCCUAAAGGCUCGUCUGUUGUGUUGUAUCAUUCGCGGGAGCUGCGAGCUCGUCAGUUCUUUGUGUCCACUGAUUGGCAGGGUGGUAUCUACGCGACACCGACGUUGGCAGGCAGUCGAGCAGGAUCGGUUAUUGCUGGUUGUUGGGCUACUCUCAUGUUGAUGGGCAAGUCUGGUUAUGUCGAUGCGACACGAAAAAUCAUUUCUACGGCGAAGAAGAUUGAAGAAGCUGUUAGGAAGAUCGAUGGCGUUUAUGUUCUCGGUGAACCACAAAUGAGUGUCAUUGCAAUCGGAUCAAAUGAUUUUGAUAUCUAUCGCUUGGCUGGAGCUCUAACGCAACGUGGAUGGAAUCUCAACUCGUUGCAGUUUCCUCCGAGUGUUCAUAUCUGCUGCACGCUGCCACAUACGAAGGAGGGCGUGGCAGAACUACUGAUUUCCGACAUUCAAGAAUGUGUGGCUGAAAUCAUGAAACAUCCCGCUGAGAAGUCAACAGGAUCGGCAGCAAUCUAUGGUCUUGCACAGAGCAUUCCGGAUAGAAAUCUCGUGAAGGACAUUGCUUUAGCGUUCUUAGACGCCUGUCUUAUUGCUGACCCCGAAGAUGCCAGUAAAUCAGACAAUCACGAUUGACUAAGAAGGAAUUCAAUGCCUAAUGGCAAGACGUUUGAGUAGUGUGACAGUGUGUUGAGUUUGUAGUGAUGUGGUUCCAAUAUUAUAUCAAGCAGAUCACGUGCA